AUGAUUACAAAUUUAUUAAGUCAACGAAAUUUUACAAGUGGUCGUCACUUUUUGAAUAGUGAUUUUUUGAAAUUUUUUGAUUACCGCAUUGAAAUGUACAACUUGGGUAGGAAAUGUACAACCUGGGCAGGGUUUGCCAACUACUAUCCCAUUUGUCCAUUCAAAACUCCAUUGACUCUAUUGCAAACAUUUUCUAGAAGCGUUGUUGCUCUACAAUACGGUACCAGAGCCUUUUAUACACAUCUACCAACGCAGUAUUCGUAUCAAAAUCGCUCCAAAAAAUCCCGUCUUAAACAACGGAUCAACCAACGUCAGCGUCCUCGAUCUCGACAAAGUCCAAAUUCGAAUCUCUCAAACAAUAUAUCUGACUCAAUAUCACAAAUACAGCUACCUAUGUUUGACUACUUACAAAAAACUAAUUAUCAUGAAAAUUCAGACCUUUCCUUACACGAAAUUGGACAUUGUUUGAAUGUUCAACCUUCAUUUCAUCAGCAAAAUUCAAAUAAUCCUAUGUUUAAUAAUAAUUAUCAAUCUCUUCAUGAAUAUAAACUUCCGCCUGAUGUCUAUGUCGACAUGUUAACUUUCGGUCACAACCAAAUAAAUAUGCCAUUAAAUAUUGUUGACCAUAAUAUGAUGGAAAAUAAUAUUAAUCCUACUAUGGCAACUACUACUACCUCGGAUUAUGAUCAUAUUCAUAACUUUAUUAAUACUGUUCCUUUGAAUGUAAACACCUCGUUUUUGUCAUCUCCGUCAGAUUUAUUAUAUCCGCCUAAUAAUUAUGUUUUUAUUGAUGAACCAACUACUGAUUUAUCGCAAGUUAUUUCAUCUGAUUCUCAACAAAUUCAUUUUAAUAAAGUAGCGUCAAUUAAUAAUGAUUUUCAAAUGUUUAAUUAUGAUUCAUCUUAUGAGAAUAUUCAUUUAAUUUAA